AAGUCCAUAAGGGCUGGAAUAUAAAUCACGUACAUAUCACGAGAGCAAGGAAGAUAUUCGAGGUACUUUUAUUUGGUUGACAACUCCGGUUGAUAUUGACUGCUGUGCACAUUACGGUUGUAUUCAACGCUGGUUUGUUUAAAAUUUCCUGUGUUUGUGUCAGUAAAUAACGGUCAACAGAAACCUACACAGAGUUUGAAUAUAAAGCACUGACCGAAAGGAUUUCUACACAGUCUUCAGUUAGAGCUAAGAGCACAAGUUCUGGUUUGCUCUGUGAGUAUACCUCUCGGCCAGUUCAAGAAACGAAAUUACUAGUGCGAAUCGCAACUGCACGCGGCCUACAACUCACUCUCUAGUUUACACCAAGAAUCCAAAAUGGCGGGCUUUCUGAACCAUUAUCCACCGUACCCGGUCAAUGGACUUAACAUGCCUCCAAGAACCGCCGACAUGUUUUCCCCAAUGGUUGCUCCACCUUAUGGCUACCCAAGAAAACAAAGACGUGAGAGGACAACUUUCACCAAAGCACAACUAGAAAUAUUGGAGGAGCUAUUCUCCAAGACAAAGUAUCCUGAUAUCUUUAUGAGAGAAGAAGUUGCCAUGAAAAUCAAUCUACCAGAAUCCAGGGUUCAGGUGUGGUUCAAAAAUCGACGCGCCAAAGUACGGCAACAGAGUAAGGGAGAGCCCAAACCCAAACCCAAGCCAAAGACACCCGCCGCCAACAAGGACACCAGUCAAGCAGGGCCUUCUCCCUGCAGAUACGCCAGCUGCAGCGCCAAUAUCUGGAGCCCCGCUCACGAUUCAGUUCGGCCUAUGCCCACAUAUCCAUCACACGCCGUUAUCAACAACAGUAUGGCUAUGUCCAGUGCAAAUCCUUCAUUUAUGCCACCACCACCUCCCCCUCCGUAUUACUGCUCAAGUCCAAACGGUGGAUCUUAUAUGCCUUUAGAGCAUGCGCACAUGCAUCCGAUGGCACCCAGAUAAAUUGUGUGUUGUCAUGGAGAUUCUAAAAAGAGGCAAAAAGCCCUUUUAAAAAUGUAAGAAAACUAUGUUAAUAUAUGCGGGGUUUUUCACAAAACCAGUUAGUUUAGUAAAUAGCUUAUUCUGCAAAUACAGUUCUUUGACAGUAAUCCUUAUAUAGUCUACAAGCCAGCUGAAGAAACCUUGUUUAGUGUCUAAUACGAUAGAAGUAUCGCUUCCUCCGAAACGCAUUUAAGGGAUCAACGUUCUAGACUUAUUCUUAGAAUCCUCUAAAACGUGACUUUCAAGAAACAAAACCUGUUUUUCUUUGGCAUUAGCGGGCAAAACCUUUUAGAGUUUUAUCAAUAUCUUUCUGUGAGGUAAGGUCGACUUUGGAAUAACGCGUCCGUUCGUUGGGGACCACAAGAAUGCAGACUCCUGGCUCUCUCGGCACGAAAGCUGGGAAAUCAGAUGCGUUGUAACUUGAUGUGGGUAAAUAAGGUAUAUUGACUCCUUGUUGGAUUAUGAACGAGUAAAUGUUAGCGUGGAUGACUGCUUUUCUUAGUUGUUUAGUUUGCAAGUGUUGGUGUCCUCUUACAUGCGUUUUUGAAUAGACCCGACCGUUCGACGCUGGCAACUUCCGGAUUUAGCAUGAAGCUAUUAAGUGUUAUUGUGUCCUUUUAUCACUCAGGAGAAGAAUUGGUUUGGUUUUUUAGCCCUUGAUUUCCAGGAUUGGACCAAUUAACUCUUCCUCGCAGAUCACCAUGCAUAUCUUGUACUGCUAGCUGUUGCCAGCUGUGAUUUUUCGUAAUAUUUUCCACCUGCCCGCUUCAAAAAGUAUUCAAAUUGUUCCAAGAAAUAACAAGAGGAAUUACCUUUUAGCUCCUACAUGUGCAAAGGUACAAACUUGACAAUUCAGUGGAGCAAUCACUUAGGAAAGUAAAUUACUUAACAGUAUCAACGAGAAGUAUUUCUCAUUAGCUCUCAUAUGAAUGGUCACACUUUAGGAUUUCAUCCACAAGGUAGAAUCUUCUUUCAUGACCCAGACAAAUGGAAAGGGGGCGUUUGAUCUGUAUCCAUAGCGAUCUUUCAACUGCAGCGUGCACUGUGUUUGAAGCGCUUUUUUUGUUUGUUCUGCUGCCCAUCAAGUUAAUGUAGCUUCCACUUGUUUCUAAUGUCAACAACAUGCAUAUAUUUAGUUGAAAGCUACCUGAUCGAUAUUUUAAAAAAUGUUACAAAUUCAGUAUACUAAAAUACUUUUCCAUGAAGAAUGAAAGUAUUAUCGUAUAAUUUUGUCUUAUAUUUUUGCCAUUAGCUCUUACUGGCUUACGUUUCGAUAGGUUAAACGAAGCCCCUAUCAAUUAUAGCAUAUGUGCCAUCACAUCAUACGACAUACUGUCAUAGUAAACUAACUGUUGUUUGAUUCGACGGAGCCAACCUGUAUAAUGUAAAUAAGGAGAAGGAGAAAGGUUUUAGACAUAUAGUGUUAUAAAUAGGUAUAUAAACGGGCCGAUGGGCCAACCAUUUAAUGAAAUGAUCAUAUGCUUAAAUAUAAUUAUAUAUUUUUGUUAAUGAAGCUAAAUGGACAUACUCUUUCAGUUCUGAUACCAAAAAGCAAGCUAUCUUUGCUGGUCUUCUUGCAGUUCAUAUGAUCAGUAAUUUUGAUUUUGCAUGGAUCUGCAAGGAUGACCAAUGAAUCAAAGGGCUGAAUGGGUUCAUGAAGGAAAGUGUUUCUUUAUAUUAUUUUGAAUUCGUUUAAUAUACGAAAUGAUUGCAUAAGUUAAGCUUCAUUGUAAAAAAUGUUAAACAGCCAUAAAUCGAAUUUACGCAAAAAAAAAUUAUACAUGGAAUAAAAUACGUCAAAAAA